ACACCUGCGCGCCAAACUGUGUUUAUAAGGAAGCGCAUCUGUCAACGAGAUGCUGCUGCCAACAGAAUCCCCGCACUUCUGUCGUUGGUCAGUUCUAAUUUAUCGUCGUCGGAGAUCAUGGAGCAGCCUACUCAUGGAAAAAGAAAGAGUUCCGCCGUGUGGGAAUAUUUUGAUCAUAUAUCGGAAACAAAGGUUAAAUGUCGCAUUUGUACGACAGAAUUGUCGUACGUCAACAAAUCCACCUCCUCAAUGCUGAGGCAUUAUAGGGCCAGGCAUGAACAUGAAGUUCCAGAGACACCCAGGAUAAACUCAGCUACCAGGAAGCAGAUGCUGGAUGAGGCUCUGCUGAACUUCAUUGUGAAGGACUGCUAG